AUGAACUGGGUUGGGUUGCAGUCCCUCCUCAGCGGGGUGAAUGAAUACUCCACGGUGUUCGGCCGCGUCUGGCUCUCCAUGGUCUUCGUGUUCCGUGUCAUGGUAUUUGUGGUGGCCGCUCAGCGCGUCUGGGGAGACGAGAGUAAGGACUUUGUCUGUAACACGGCCCAGCCAGGCUGCAUCAACGUCUGUUACGACCACAUCUUCCCCAUCUCACACAUCCGCCUGUGGGCCCUGCAGCUCAUCUUCGUCACUUGUCCCUCUCUGAUGGUUGUGGCGCACGUCAAGUUCCGCGAGGGGAAGGAUUCAAAGUACACCACAACGCAUGAAGGGUCGCAUUUGUACGCUAAUCCAGGGAAGAAGAGAGGAGGCCUGUGGUGGACCUAUCUGGUGAGAGGAAAUACUAACAUGUACCGUACAGAACACCACAACACCAGAUAACACUAACAUACUGUACACAACAACACAACACCACAACACCACAACAACACAACACCACAACACCACAACACCAGAUAACACUAACAUACUGUACACAACAACACAACACCACAACACCACAACACCACAACACCAAAUAGCACUAACAUACUGUACACAACAACACAACACCACAACACCAGAUAAUAUAUAUUUUGAUUUGUUUAACCCUUUUCUGGUUACUACAUGAUUGUAUAUGUGUUAUUUCAUAGUUUUGAUGUCUUCACUAUUAUUCUACAAUCUAAAAAAUUGUUAACAUAAAGAAAAACCCUUGAAUGAGUAGGUGUGUCCAAACUUUUGACUGGUUGUGUAUUCAGCAGAUGUUAUUGUGGGUGCAGCGAAAUGCUUGUGAAUACAACUAAAUGAAACUAAAAAAAAUAGCCGACUGUAACCUGUAUUUCCUGUCUGGUCUCUUCUAUAGUGUAAUAUCUAUAUCUAAUACUACUCCAUCUCUACCUCUGGAUAGUUACAACAUGACUCAAAUGGAACUUAACUCCUCUCAAUGAAUAGAACUGAAUGAAACCAUUUGAACUAGUCAACUGGGCACCCAUAUUUCCUGCCUGGUCUCUUUAAAGAUGUUUUUGUGAUGAAGAUGUCUGAUGUUAUCUCUAAUCCUCCAUCUUCUCUCCUCCCUGUAGGCGAGUCUGAUCUUCAAGGCGGGAUUCGACGCCGGCUUCCUCUACAUCCUCUACUACAUCUACGACGGUUAUGACAUGCCACGUCUCUCCAAGUGCUCCCUGGAGCCCUGCCCCAACACCGUCGACUGCUACAUCUCCCGUCCCACCGAGAAGAAGAUUUUCACCAUCUUCAUGGUGGUCUCCUCAGCCAUCUGCAUCCUCAUGUGUAUCUGCGAGAUGCUCUACCUCAUCUGCAAGAGGUUCCAGAAGCUCAUCGUGAAGAAGGAGGCAGAGAGUCAUGAGAUGACGGCCCUGACGGCACCAAGGUCGAGAUCCAAGUCUACGAGGUCUAAGGUGUCUGUCAGGGAGGACCCCACCAACACAGCUUCCAUUCAGAACCUCUGUAAUGUCAAGAUGGAGGAG